AUGGGUGACAAGAGGAAGCGCAACAUAUGUCAAUGCUUGAAAAACCGAGAUCGCAUAGAAAAGAAGGCAACGAAGGAUAAGUAUAAAAGGAAGAGGCAGACGUUCGUUUUUAACCCGGAAGAAGAAAUGUGGCAUGAACCCUAUAUGCACUGUUUGCGAAAAGAAUUUUCGCAGAUAUCAAUUCCGUGUGACUCAAAGAUCGAGCUGCCUUGGAAGGACAUCGCCCUGCCGGCUGUAGCGAUGAAAAUUCGACCCGAGACCACAUCGGAAGAACAGAUUCAGGAAGCCGCUAUGCAGGACGACGGCGAUGCGCCGGAACAAAAAGAGUCUCUAGGCAAGAUGCAGUUGCCGUGGAAUUUUCUGCUGAUCCCUGACACCGCCCGAGUGGAUAAGGUGGAUACCGAAAAGUGUGACUCUACUUUGGAAAUUCCUUGGAAGGAUCUUUCUUUGGACGAGCCGAUCAUCAUACAGCCACCUCCUAAAGAGGAGCCGUGCGAGCCGGACGAUAUAGAGAUCCCAUGGAACGAUAUUCUGAUACCAUCGGGCAUAGUGAUAGCGACGACGAAGAAAAAGAAACAUCCCUCAAAUCAACUCCCCCCGCGAUCGGCAGACGGGAUGGGUUGCCAACAGCCUUGCUGUCUAAGAAUGAGGCGUUAA